UCGUUCGCCGUUUCAGUGUACAUGUGAAAUGACCAUAUUAGAAUUUAACCUAAAAGGAUUCGUCUGCUUUUUUGCAAAAAUAACAUACAGGUUUACAUAAAGAGCCAAAUUGAAGAAAAUCGCCUAUUGGCAGCUAACCUUUCCGAUCUUUGAUGUCUUCUGCUAUACUUAAUCGAACGAUCAAAUAUAAACACUUAGUUCUAGCGCUCGAAAUCAACGGACUUAAUCAUAACAACUUAGUUAGCUCGUCGUCAGUAGACUCGAAGUUUUCGGGAAAUACGUUACAAAUAUUUUCGAAUUGUGUGAGAUGAAUCGUUCUGUAAGUGAGGAUUUCCUUGAUCUGGACGUAUCCAGAACGCUGUAUGAAGACUUAGAGGAGUUUAAAGAAUCAAAUGACUUGGAGGAUCAAUAUGAGAAAGAUGGCAUCGAUUCCAAAUUGCUGAAUGAAGACUUAAAGAUGAAUGAAGCGCUUAAUAAAUCAGAGGAAACACCCAAAAGCGAUUUCAUUUCUUUGAGUAAUUCCAGUUCACUGUAUGAAGACUUGGAGGUGAAUAGAGCACUUGUCAAAAGUGAAUCGAAAAUUUAUAAGAGAAAUCCCGGUCAGAUAAAGAAAAAAAAAUUUAAAGCCAAGAAAAAUGAAUGUAUAAAUAUCAUUCAAACCCGCUCUAUGAGCGCAAGAAAAAGUGAUAAUUCUCUUAAUUUACGGCCACCCACCGUUCAGAUUUCGUCGGGGACCAUCAAUUUCGUACACGCUGACAUAUUCAUCAAAAUAAAGUACAAGAAAAGAAAAGAUAAAUUUGAAUUCUCCACAAUACCAAUUGUCGGUAAAAAUGAUUUCUGAGGAUAGCACACAGUUGAUCAUCAAAGAAAACAUCAGGUUUCUUGUAUGGAGAGAUAGAUGUCACUAGCAGUUGUUUUCAUCUUCUCAUUCUCGUGUAGAAAACAUUCAAUAUAGAAUCCGAAAAAAUUGACUGCUUUUAUUAAAAAAUGCUUUUGCUCAGUACGAAUUACUGAAUUAAUUUUUGCGACAAAAAAAAUUAUGUUUUGAAUUUAUUUGACUAGUUAAAUUUCACAUAUCUAAUAAAAAUCAAAAAUUAUGUUUUAAAUA